CAUUUACCCUCCGCAAGGUUUUACAAUAUCAAAGCGCACAAAGGAGAAAAACAAUAAAACAAAAAUGUUCAUCGAACAAAUCAUUUCAUUAAGGACAUGGAAAUUUCUUUUUCAAAGUCAAAUAGAAAUAAACUUCUGAAUCACAAAAGUAGCUGUAGACAGGCUCAAUUUAAAUAACACUUGUAUAAAAAUUGCAAGUAGGCAAAACAAAUCGACAGCUCAUUGGCAUCUGCUACCUUUUAACUACUAUAAAAACCAGCAGCCAUUGGCUUUUUCGAGCAUAUACUCCACCACUCAUUUUCACUGAGAUUUGCGUAGUAGCUAGCUAUGGGCAUUCCUCAUGCUCUCAUCCUACCAUUCCCGGCACAAGGCCAUGUCAUCCCCCUCAUGGAACUCUCCCACUGCUUAGCCGACCAAGGCGUCGAGAUCACCUUUGUCAACACCGAGUUCGACCACGGCCGAAUCGUGGCCGCCCUGGGGAAACAUGAGCUCGAAUCGGACCGAGUUCGUCAUGUUUCGGUCCCCGACGGGUUGGCCCCGGACGAAGACCGCAACAACCUGGGGAGGCUGGUUGAGGGUCUGCACAAGAGCAUGCCAGCAAGCCUGGAAGAAGUGAUAAGAAAGAACAACGAGAACUGUGGUGGUAAUAAGAUUACCUGCGUGAUAGUUGAUCAUAACAUGGCUUGGGCUCUUGAGAUUGCUGAGAAGCUCGGUGUCUGUUGCGUCGUGUUCUGGCCGAUGUGCGCAGCGAUUUUGGCCUUGAUAAUGAGCACUCCGAAGUUGAUAGAUGACGGUAUCAUCGAUGAAGAAGGGUUUCCAAAGAGCCAAUCGACAUUUCAACUGAGCGACGGCAUGCCCCUGAUGGAAACAGCUCGUCUCCCGUGGAACGUCAACGCCGGUGACGAAGCACAGAAACUUAUCUUCCACUAUAUGAAUGCCAACUGUCGAGCAACCAAGAAAGCUGAGUUCAUACUCUGCAACUCAUUUCAAGAACUCGAGUCACCGACGUUCAACUACGCUCCUUACGUUCUCCCUAUUGGCCCGUUACUCACGGGCCUACAGCUCGGAAAGCCCGUGGGACAUUUCUGGUCGGAGGACACAACGUGCAUGUCGUGGCUCGACGAACAGCCUAAGAAUUCGGUCAUCUACGUGGCCUUUGGGAGCUUGACCAUCUUCGACCAGAACCAGUUCCGAGAGCUCGCGCUCGGGCUGGAGACGUCGGGCAGGCCGUUCUUAUGGGUCGUGAGGCCCGACCUCACCGAAAAGACAAGCGAUGCGUACCCGAGCGGCUUUAAAGAUCGUCUCGGAGGAAGAGGAAGGAUAGUGAGUUGGUCUCCUCAGCAAGAGGUAUUGGCUCACCCUUCCCUUGCAUGUUUCAUUUCCCACUGUGGAUGGAAUUCAACAAUGGAGGGGGUCAGGAAUGGGGUGCCCUUCCUAUGUUGGCCAUAUUUCGGGGACCAGUUCGCCAACCAAACCUACAUUUGUGAUGUUUGGAGGGUUGGGCUGAAGAUGGUGCCUGGCGAGAGUGGGAUCAUAACAAGUGAGCAUAUCAGUUCGAGGCUAGAGGAGUUGCUUGGGGACGAUGGGAUAAUGGCAAGGGCACGGACUUUGAAGGAAAUGGCAAAUAGGAGCAUGGAGAAAGAGGGGUCUUCAUUCAAGAACUUGAAUACCUUUGUCGAAGCUAUGAAAAGUGAAAAUGCUCAUAUAAAAGAUGAGGAAUGAGGGUGUGCACAUUUGUGCCAAGCAAAAGGUUGAACAAAGUACCAUUGCAAUUAUUCGUAUGUGAGACUGGAAUGUCUAGGUUCAUUUGGCAGCAA